CCAGGCGCACUUUAACAUUGUCACAGCAUCAGCCUACCACCUUCCGGACGAGCACAGGACCCUCUGAAACAAAAUGGUGGGAAUAGCGUAUGAAAUAGGAAAUAUUUGCCUAGCUGUUCUUCGCAAUUUCUUCCCGAUUAUGUCCUUCUGAGCUCUACCAUCAUACACAAUCUCUGAAACAGGACGGCUAUACGCCAUUCCGCUGGGCCCACGUGGGGAAGAAUGAUGGAGAGCCAGAGGGAUGUUACCGGGAAGGGAAAACAGAGGAGUGCUCCCCAAGCUGUACCCGUUCAUCAAGACUUUCUUUUUGUCGACGCCUCCAAAACAGCAAAGAGCUCUCGCCAAGGUCGCCGAAAUGCUCGCUCUUUUGUAAUGCAAAAGGCUAGGAGAGAGCGCCCAUGGUCCACAAGCAAACAUGCCGCGAAACAUAGGAAGAGUCCUGAGACUGCGAGCCCUGCGACUGUGGGUACACCAGAGCUCGUCCAUACUCCGAACUCGUCAACGCCCAGCCCACCUCGAAUCCAAUAUGGAGUCGAAUAUCCCCCGCUUACCGGCCUAAGUACCUUUUCUAUAGUCAAGCAACAAGUCUGCUCAGACUGCCAAAUCUUGCUAUGUCGGCCCGGUCAAACUCUCUGUCCCAGAUGCUUGUUGCUUCAGCCUCCCGUACCCCCAGAAGAUUUGGACAACAAUCUCUUUGAUCCAUUCGGAAGCUUCCCGAUAGAGAUGGACGAGAGUGUAUCGGAGCUUUUAGAUCACUUCGUAUCCAAAAUGGCACCCGGCACGAUCGCAGUUGAUAUUCGUCACAAGUCUGAUUUGAUGAGAUCGGAUUGGUUCGGUACAGCUAUGAGCAACCCAGGAUUUAUGCAUAGCUUGCUGUGCACCGCAGCCCUGCACUCGUACAUUGUUGGUAGAGGGUCAAUCGAAACCAUUCUCUACCAUAAGGCGCAAGCGAUAGCUGCAAUUAAUUCGGCAAUAUCGAAUCCGGAUCCAGAGCUGGGGAUAUCUGAUGCUAAUAUUGGCGCUGUGUUCAACUUGUUGUGCGUAGAGGAGAGUCUUCUUUUACCCUUCUUCCAGCAGGAGGGCGCGGAUGAAGAUCAACCGAAUCAGCGUGAGAUUCAUCUAAAUGGACUGCGCAGGAUGGUACAACUGCGGGGUGGACUGAAGGCAAUUAACUCAAACCGCAUACUACAAGCUUUUAUACUUUGGCAUUCAACGGCGCACGCCAUAGCUUCAUUCGAGGCCCCAUAUCUCUCUACAGCCGACUAUAUAAGCACAGCUUAUUUCCCUCACCAUCCUCCAGGAUAUCGACCGAACAUUUCAAACCACCUUCUCGACUAUUGCCGAAAAGCCCAAGUGAGGGAGUCCUUAACCGAGUUGGUCGAAUCAGCACUCGUCUUGAUCGCAGAUCUCAACGUCUGGUUCGGCGAUCCAGACAGCCCACUCGACCCUCUCGACAUCCAGAACUUUUCAUGCGGUCUAGAGUGUUUGCUCCUCAAAUGGCUACACGACAACGAAAACCAAUUAUGCCCUCUAGAAGAUGGCCUCUGCGUCGCUUUGCUUAUAUUUACUGUUCGAACUACUGAAGCACUUCAACGUCGAUCUGACAUUCACCUGCUUCACAUCGUCGCAAGUAAACGACUUGAGAAAGCGUUGAGUGCUACAAGCCGUUAUGAGUGGACCCCGUGUCCAGAUCUCCUCCUAUGGAUCCUUGCUAUUGGCGCUAUUUCCGCGGAAGGAUCUCCAGAAUGCUCGUGGUUCGUCUAUCAGGUCUCUUUGGCCUGCGAAGAGUUCGGAAUAUUCUCGGCAGAAACCCUGCUCGGUCGAUUACACCUCUGUGGCUGGGUCAGCUUCAAGCUCGGUGAAGCCGUUCAUAGUCUGUGGGAUAGAAUUGUUAAUCUCAGGCUCGAGCCCUUUCCCGAUACCUCGAACAUUGGACCGCUACAAUACCAAGUGUCGGAGCCAAACUUUUCCGAUUGGCAAAGCAUCGACUGGAUGGACUUGAGCAAUCAAGGCCACAUUCCCGGAGAAUCGGCUCUAGGGGGGGAAGAUGGUUUAUAUGAUCUUGGGGUGAGCUACGUCUUACGCCGCAACCAACCAUUCUACAGGCGGUGAAAAUGCGACAAGCGCUCAAAUGGCAAUCCAUCAUCUGACGUCAUUUGCUACCUCUAAAAGAGCUGGUGUUUUCAGUAUUAUUUGUCGCUAUAUUGGGUGCUCAAUAGCAUGAGUACCUGGGUGUAGCCCCGAUCUGGAUUUCUGGGCAAAUUUGACCUGUUCGAUUCUUCAGUAGUCAACAAUGGUGCGAGAAAACAACCUCCCCGGUGAACCUCCCCGAUGAACCCAGCCCCAGCGGCAAGACGAAUUACUGCUCACUUCCGUUACACCUCUUCUGGCUCAUUUCUAGCACCAAACUUCUGGGAAAGGUGACCUGGAGUCAGAAUACGGUUGUUCAUCCUCCCGAUCAACA